AUGCCAAAGAAACGACGAGGUAGAGGAAGCGAGACGCAUUCCGAAGCUUCUGACGAGCCAUAUCAUCCAAAAUCUAAUGGAAGCUCAAAGACAGAGGAAGACUCAAGCGCGCGACUCUCUGAAAAAACCAUUACAGCCAAAAACAAAAAUUGGCGGAAUAUGAUACAGCGGACAAUAUGGACCUUUAUAAUGAUUGGUGGAUUUUUUGCAGCAAUAGCGGCCGGACACGUAUGGGUCAUCAUACUGGUGGUUGCUAUCCAGACAAUGGUAUAUAAAGAAGUGAUUGCGCUCGGGGUUCCAAGCAAGGAACAAAAGCUUCCAUGGUUUAGAACGUUGAAUUGGUUUUUACUUCCUGUGUCUCUGGUGAUAUGUAACGAUAUUUUCGCAUAUGUCUGCGGAAAACUGUUCGGAAAAAAGAUUUUCGGAAACAGGAUGUUGUUACAACUUAGUCCAAAUAAGACGUUCGAGGGAUUUGUUGGGGCGUGGAUAUGUACAAUCAUAUUUGGUCUGUUGUGGGCUUCACUUCUUAUGCGAUGGAAUUACAUGAUAUGUCCAGUAAAGGAUCUCAGCGCAAAUGUAUUCACCGGCUUACAAUGUGAUAUUAACCCAGUAUUCAUUCCUCAACAAUAUGCACUGAAACCAUGGCUAACGGGGCUGUUUAGACGAGUUACACAUAGCGAUAUUCGUAGUGUAUGGAUUGCGCCUCUUCAGUGGCAUGUAUUUGUGAUGGCGUGUUUCGCGUCAUCAAUUGCACCGUUCGGCGGUUACUUUGCUAGUGGACUAAAACGAGCCUUAGGAAGAAAGGAUUGGGGAGACUCUAUUCCUGGACACGGUGGAAUGACAGAUCGGAUGGAUUGUCAGUUCCUGAUGGGGAUGUUUUCGUUCAUGUAUUAUCAGAGUUUCAUCAAGACAUACGCACACAAAUGUAUCUCCAUUUCAACCGGCUCCAUCCUCGAACUAGUAGUCAAUGACCUCCAGUCGUCGUCACAACUUGAACUGUAUCACAACCUGAAACAGUACUUAGAUGGACAGGGGUUGUUGGACGAAUGA